UAGGCGGAAAAGAGCCCAGGCUGACCGCUAGCGGAGGGACAGGAGCGACGGAACUGCCGAAUUCCAAGGGCAGGAAUGGCGCUGCCGUGAGAGCGGUCCCGACCCCGUUCCGGCGCUGUUCUGCUGUGGGUCCAGGCCUGUUCGCCUAAGAGUUUGACCUUCAUACUCCACAAAAAAAUUCAACGUUGUCUAAAAAGUCUUGGCAGUAGUUUUGCCCUUCCUGCUGUGCUCUGACUGAGGUUGUGAGAUUGGCAUGAUGAUGUUAAUGAAUGGGCUUUUGUGCUGUCAGCCUCCCAGUUUAACCUGCUUUUACGUUAUUUACUAUUGGUUUUAUCACUUCCCUUUCCUUUAAACCAAACAUGCAAUUAAUAACAUGUGAGAGUCCUGCCCUCUCACCAUGGCUGUUGGCACGUUAACCCUCCGUGUUUCCCGCACAUACUGUAUGGUCAGUAUUAUCCUGCGACAGUGAAUGAAUAUGUGGGCGUGGAGGUAGUGCUGCUCAUUUGCACGGUUGACGUAGGCAGCCUUUUCCUGUCAUUGGGCCGAGCAGGUGGGGGGGUGGAGAGUUCCUUGACUUGGUGGCCCUCAAUCAUCUUUCAUGUGGUUUCUGGGGUUGUAUGCGGUGACUGAGCGUCACAUACCCAGCAUGCACUGCAGGCGGCGGCCGCUUCCUGCUUUGUCGUCUUUCGGGGCUCCGUCGCCGGAGCCGUUUUUCUUUUCCCUCUUGCGAUGAAUUUCAGCAAGUGGCUGCCCUGGCGGAGGAGGCACGGUGCUUCCAAGCACAAGAGAAAGCAGCCUGGCCUUCCUGCUGUAGAUGAGCACGAUGCUGUACAGAAGAAGACGUUCACCAAAUGGAUCAACAGCCGCUUUACCAAGGCUGGGAAGGCACCCAUCAAGGACAUGUUUUCAGACCUCCGGGAUGGCAGGAAGCUUCUCGACCUUCUGGAGGGCCUCACUGGGACGGUGCUGACCAAAGAACGGGGCUCCACGCGAGUGCAUGCGCUCAACAACGUCAACAAAGUCCUGCAAGUUCUGCACCAGAAUAACGUGGAGCUAGUUAACAUUGGUGGGACCGACAUUGUGGAUGGGAACCACAAGCUGACUCUAGGCCUCAUCUGGAACAUCAUCCUGCAUUGGCAGGUUAAGGACAUCAUGAAAGACAUCAUGUCCAGCUUACAGCAGACAAACAGUGAGAAGAUCCUGCUCAGCUGGGUGCGACACUGCACCCGCACCUACGAACAGGUCAACGUGCUCAACUUUACCACCAGCUGGGCCGAUGGCCUGGCCUUCAAUGCCAUACUGCACCGGUACAGACCCAACAUGUUCAGCUUUGACAAGGUAUUGGGCAUGGCGCCCACAGAGAGACUGGAGCACGCCUUCACCUUUGCCAAAGACCAGCUGGCUGUUGAGAGGCUUCUUGAUCCUGAAGAUGUGGCCGUGCAGCUGCCCGACAAGAAGUCCAUCAUCAUGUACGUGACAUCCCUGUUCGCUGUGCUCCCCAAGGAGCUCACCAUGGACGACAUCCGCGAGGUGGAGGCUCUGCCCAAGAAGUACAAAGCAGAGGUGGAGGAGGUUCCGGCGGGGCCCCGACAGGCCCCCGUCACAGUGGGCGCUGGCAGCUCUCGGGCAGACACCCCCAGCACGGUGACAGAGACAGAGGGUGAGCCUGAGGUGGACCUGGACAGCUACCAGAGUGCUCUGGAGGAGGUGCUUACCUGGCUCCUGCUGGCCGAGGACACGCUGCACAUGCAGGACGACGUCUCGGACGACGUGGAGGAGGUCAAGGACCAGUUCCACACCCACGAGGCGUUCAUGAUGGAGCUGACGGCCCACCAGAGCAGCGUGGGCAAUGUCCUGCAGGCGGGCAACCAGCUCAUUGCCCAGGGCAACCUGACCGAGGAAGAGGAGGAUGAGAUCCGCGAGCAGAUGACGCUGCUGAACUCGCGCUGGGAGGGCCUCCGUGUCGCCAGCAUGGACCGGCAGGCCAGGCUUCAUGAGGUCCUGAUGGAGCUUCAGCACCUUCAGCUACAGCAGCUGGCCGACUGGCUGACGCAGACGGAGGCUCGCAUUCGCCGCAUGGAGGCCCAGCCCACCGCGGGGGACCUGGAGGGGUACCGCGUGCAGCUCGAGGAGCACAAGGUGCUGCAGAAUGACCUGGAGACGGAGCAGGUGAAAGUGAACUCCCUCACGCACAUGGUGGUGGUUGUGGAUGAGAACAGCAGCGAUAACGCCACCGCAGCGCUGGAGGACCAACUGCAGGCGCUGGGUGAGCGCUGGGCCGCCGUGUGCCGCUGGACAGAGGAGCGCUGGCACAAGCUGCAGGACAUGCUGAACGUGUGGCAGCAGCUCCUGGAGGAUCAGAACCUCUUCAAAGCCUGGCUAUCAGAGAAGGAGAAGAUCCUGAGAGAGGUUCAGACCAGCAAGUUCAAGGAUCCCGGCGAGAUCAACGUCAGUGUGCGCACUUUGGCCCUCCUGAAGGAGGACAUGGAGAACAAGCGGAGGACGCUGGACCACCUGUCGGACGCCGGCCAGGACGUGUCGCUGCUGCUGCGGAGCACCGAGGCCACGCAGCGGAUCCAGGGCCAGACGGAGGAACUGACGCAGAGAUGGGACAACCUGGUGCAGGAGCUGGAGGACUGUUCCUAUCAGUUGGCAGAGUCGCUGACUGAGGUGGGGCUGCCCCAAGCAGAUGAGACCGCCGUCCUGGAGAGCGUCACCUCCAUGUCGGCCGUGACCGCAGCAGCCACCAUGACGGGGCGGGCAUCGGCCCAAGAGCUGCCGCCCCCUCCCCCCAUGAAGAAACGGCAGCUGCAAGAAGACCAGGACGCCCGGGCGCUGAUGGAAGGCAACCUUGUGGAGAUCAUGAGCUGGAUAGGGAGAUGGAAAACCUCUGUUCAGGCUUUGGUUCCGACGAAUGACGAAAAGGCCCAGGAGACGUCUGUUCUAAAGGAAAAGCUGAAGGUUCUCAAAGAGCAACUGGAGGAGAAAGCCCCUGAAGUGGCCAGUGUGACCCUAGGGGGGCAGGCCUUGCUGGAGCAACUGAAGAAAGAGGGCCUGUCCGCGGGAGACCUGAGCCCCCGUCUGGCCGCCGUCCAGGCGGAGUGGGAGAGCAGCCGGGGGCUGCUCCUGCACCUAAAGGAGAGGCUGGACCUCCAGGAGCGGGUCGGUGCCGCCCAACUAGAGCUGCGGUGUCUGGAGCAGGCCGUGAGCGGGCUGGAGGACUGCCUGCAGGGGGCGCCAAAGGCCGACUCCGCCGCCGACGAGGCCCAGCUGCACUCCCAGCUGGCGACCUGUGAGGCCAGAAGAGGGGAGCUGCAGGCCCUCGGCCCUCAGAUGGACCGGCUGUCCCGUGAAGCGAUGGCGCUGGGCCGCGAGCAGCAGACGCCCGCCUCCCUGCGGGCCGGAGUAGCGGCGCUCGGCGCCCGCCGCACCUCCGUGCUGGAGGGGCUGCAGAGGCAGGCGCAGGAGUUACACGCAGCCCUGGCUGCCCGGCCCGCCCUGGAGGACCGCCGCUUUGUGCAGGAAGCAGAACUCCGGAUCGCGUCCCUGCGGGGUGGCGUCGUGGACAAGGGGACGGCCGCGGAAGCGGUGCGGAGUGCAGAGGCCCUGUGCCAGUCUCUGGAGCCGCGACUGACCUCCGACCCCGAAAGGUGGGGCCAGCUGGCCAGCCAGGCUCAGGCUGAGCUGGCGAUGUCGCAGUCGGUCCUUGGAAAGUUAAAGGAUUCGGAGGAGAGAAUCGCGCGGGUGGAGCGCUGGCUAGACGGCGUGCAGGCGCUGAUGACCAAGGACACUGGUGCCCUAGGGGAUGCUGGGAAACUGCAGGAGGAGCUGGACCAAUGCACGGAGUUCGUGAAUGAAAUGGAGGCUGUGGAGGCGGACUUGAAGCAGGUGGUCGGGGACGCGGCAGCCUUGCGGGCGUGCGCAAUGCCCGGGCUGGCCACAUGGGGGCAACCUAAGCUCGAGGAGUGUCAGAGGCGAUGGGACAGGCUGAGCACACAGCUGCAGAAACAUCAGGAGCAUGCGUGGGAGACCCAGGAGAGGACGCUGAACCUGAAGAAGGACUUGGUGGAGAUGCGGGAGUGGAUGGUGCAGGUGGACGAGGAGUUCCUCAUGAGGGACUUUGAGUACAAGAGUCCAGAAGAUCUGGAGGGAGCUCUGGAGGAGAUGAAGAGGGCCAAAGAGGACGUGCUGCAGAAGGAGGUGCGAGUGAAGAUUCUGAAGGACAGCAUUAACCUGCUGAUGGCAAAGUCGCCCCCUGGUGGCCAGGACCUAACUACAGAGCUGACAGGGGUUCUGAAGCACUACCAGAAACUGUGCGAGAGGUUCAGGAGCAAAUGUCACACCCUGGAGGAGGUGUGGUCCUGCUGGAUGGAGUUGCUACAGUACCUGGACCUGGAGAACAACUGGCUCAACAGCUUGGAGGAGCGACUGCAAGCCUGCGAAGGGCUUCCAGAGAACAGCCAGGACGUCAACCAGGCACUAGAGGCCCUGGAAUCGGUCCUGCGGCACCCGAGUGACAACCGCACCCAGAUCCGGGAGCUGGGCCAGACACUGAUUGAUGGUGGCAUCCUGGAUGAGAUCAUCAGCGAGAAACUAGAGGCUUUCACUAGCCGCUACGAGCAGCUUAGCCACCAGGCGGUCAGCAGGCAGAUAUCCCUGGAGCAGCAGCUGCAGACACUGCGGGAAAACGAGCAGGUCCUGCAGUCUCUGCAGGAGUCCCUCGGCCGGCUGGACCAGACGCUCACCUCCUAUCUCACCGAUCGGGUUGAUGCCUUCCAGCUGCCUCAAGAGGCCCAGAACAUCCAGGCGGAGAUCGCCACCCUCGAGUCACAGGUAGAUGAGCUGCGCAAGAAGGGCAUUAGAGGGGCCCCGGCUGCGUCGCAGGACGGAAAGGCAUCCCGGGGGGGCACCAUGCUGGACCAGCUGCAGAGGAAGCUCCGGGAGAUCUCCACCAAGUUCCAGCUCUUCCAGAAGCCAGCCAACUUCGAGCAGCGCAUGCUGGACUGCCGGCGCGUGCUGGAGGGUGCCAAGGCUGAGUUACACGUGCUGGACGCAAGGAGCGUAGAGCCCGAGGAGAUCCAGGCCCACUUAAGCGAGUGCAUGAAACUCUACAAAGUGCUGAGCGAGGUGAAGCUGGAGGUGGAGACAGUGAUCAAGACAGGUCGGCAGAUCGUGCAGAAGCAGCAGACGGAGAACCCCAAGAGUAUGGAUGAACAGCUGACCGCGCUCAAGUUGCUCUACAACGACUUGGGCGCCCAGGUGACAGAGGGCAAACAGGACCUGGAGAAGGCCCUGUCCCUGUCUCAGAAGGUGCAGAAAGAUAGCGCCGCACUGCGGGGGUGGCUGGGGACCACGGAGGCCGUGCUUGACCAGAAAACAUCUGCCGGGAGCAUGCCAGCUGACAUAGACGAUGAGGUGGCCUGGGCCCAUGGGCUGCUAAAGGAGCUGGAGCGGCAGGAGGGGGAAUUGCGCAGCGUGACGGAGUGCAGCGCCGCCCUUCAGUCGCUGGUGGAAGGCAGCGAGACGGAGCUGGAGGAGGGUCUGUGCCUGCUGAACGCCAGCUGGGUGCGGGUUCGCACCCUGGCAGAGGACUGGCUGAGCAGCGUGCUGAGCCACAGAAAUGAAAUGGAGAUCUUUGACGAGAACCUGGCCCACAUCAGCACCUGGCUGUACCAGACUGAGAUCCACUUGGAUGAAACUGAGAAGCUCACACCCUCUGAGAAGGAAGACGUUGUUAAGAACUUGCUGGUGGAGCUGGAGGACAUCAGCCUGAGGGUGGAUAGUGUGAGGGACCAGGCCGUCAUCCUCAUGAGCGGCCGUGGACCGGCCUGCAGAGAGGUGGUGGAGCCCAAGCUGGCCGAGCUCAACCGUAACUUCGAUAAGGUCUCCCAGCACAUCAAGGCUGCCAAGAUGUCCACGACCUUGGAGCCGGCGGCCCAGGUGAAUCAGCAGCCUCAGAAGCUUCCGGCACCGGGGGCUGCAACCGCCAGGCAGCUGCAGGACUUUGAGGAAGAGCUGACGGCCAGCCUGGGUGCACUUGAUCCCCAGGGCGAGUACGUGCAACUGCUGGCCCAGGAUGACGAGAAGAUGGACGAGGAGAAGGUACGGGUGGAGGAGGUACUGCGGAGCGGUGAGCUGAUCCUCCUGCAGAUGACCGGGGAUGGCAAGGACGAGCUGCGCAGACGGCUGCUCCGGCUGCAGACGCGCUACACCGGCCUGCAGGAGCUGCGUGCAGUGAGAGAGCGCCAGGCUGGCCCGGUGUCGCAGCAGGUGACCCUCAGCUGGAUGGAGCGCCCCCUGGAGACUCCUCCGAGGCGGAGGGCCGAGGACACGAUGGACAGCGAGCUGCAGAGGGGCCCCUCCCUCCUGCCCUCCGACUACCUUCUGGACAUCAACAAGGCUCUGCUGGCUAUGGCUGACAUCGAGUUGCUGCUCAACUCCUCGGAGCUCAGUAGCGGGCUUUACGAGGACUUCUCCUCCCAGGAGGACGCGCUCAAGAGUGUGAAGGACAGCCUGGAGAAGCUGGAGGAGCAGGUGAUGACACUGCACGAGCGACACCCUGACGCCGUCCAGGAGGCGUCCCGUGCAGAUGUGCUGCACAUCGGAGAUGCACUGUCCCAGCUGAACGCCGAGUGGGACCGUGUCAACCGGAUGUACGAGGACCGCAAAGGGAACUUCGACCGCGCCGUGGAAGAGUGGCACCAAUUUCACUGCGACCUCAACGACCUGAGCCAGUGGCUGAGUGAGGCGGAGCGGGCCCUGGCCGACUCCUGGGGCCCCGAUGGUGCCCUGGACCUGGAGAAGGCCCGGGCGCAGCAGGAGGACCUGGAAGAGGGUCUCCGCAGCCACAAGCCCGUGCUCACCCAGCUGACCAGGACGGGCGAGGCCAUCGUGGAGCAGGUCACAACCCCUGACAGCAGCCUUCUGGAGGAGAAGCUGGAGGGCCUCACCAGGAGAUGGAGCGCCAUCCAGAGGGAGGUGCAGGAGCGGCACCACAGGUUGGCCGGUGGGGACCCCCUGCUGGCAGACCUGAGCCAGCGCACUGAGGAGCUGAGGGUGUGGUUGGACCAGACGGGCUACGCCGUCCGCUCUCUGCCACCAGCUGCCAGCGACAAGAACCUGAAAGAACUUAAGACCCUGGCGGAGGAGCUGGACGCCCGAAACGAGCAGCUGACCUGGCUGAAUAAAAACGUGCCGCGCAUCCUGGCCAGCCGGGACCUCAGUAGCCAGGAGAGAGAGCAGCACGUGUCCCGGCUGAGGGCCGUCAACAUGAACUGGAGCCAUGUGACGACGGAGCUUCUGGACAAAGUGGGUGAGGUGGAGUCUGAGCUGCAGGGUCACGCCCUCUUCCAGGACAAAAUGAACCGUUUGACCAGCUCGAUGCUGGUCAUGCAAGAGACCCUCAGCCUGAGAGGUCCGGAAGAGAGCCAGCUGCUGGAGAGCUCCAUGAAGGAGCACAGACGAGACCUGGAGGACCUCCUCUCCAGGUCCAUCCAGCUCCAGAAGCGACAGCAGUUACUUCCUCAGGAGAAGAGCAAGGUGGAGCAGCUGGCAGCUGAUUGGAAGGUGCUGGAGAUGAGGGUCCGGGAGAUGCCGAAGCAGGUAGCUGAGCAACCCCUCUCAGCGGUGGCGAUGACCAGUCAGCAACACUUGGCUCCCCAAAGCGCUGAGCGCGUGGCCCCCGCCGACCUCAACGAGCGAGCCACCGAGCUGGCCAGUUGGCUGCUGCUCAUAGACCAGACACUGAAGUGCAACCUUGCAACCGUGGGAGAUGUGCAGGAUAUCCAGACUAUUGUCAUGCACCUUGAGGAGACGAAGGACGACCUGGAGCAGAGACACCCUCAGCUGGAGGACAUCUUUACCCUGGCCCAGAAUAUCAAGAACAAAACUUCCAACCUGGAUAUCCGCACAUCCAUCACAGAGAAGUUGGAGAAGGUGCGCAGCCAAUGGGAUAGCACGCAGCAUGGCGUGGAGGCCCGCCUCCAGCAGCUGAAUCAAAUGAUUGGUCAUAGCAGCCAAUGGGAGGAGCAGAGGAAAGAAGUGGAAGCCUUGAUUAGACAGAACGAGGCUCGUCUGCAGAACCUGCUGCAGCCGUCCCGGGAAUCCCUGACCAAACAGCUAAAUGACAACAAGGCAUUUCUGCAGGACCUGGGCGGCCAGACGGCCAUGGUGUCCUUCAGCGAGCUGUCCUGCAGGCUUCUGCGCGAUUACUCGGCGGACGAUACCCGGAAGGUGAAGGAGAUGCUGGAUGCUCACAGCAAGGCGUGGAACGCCAUACUCGGCAGGGCCAGUGACCAGCAGGUGGCGCUAGAGGGCGAGCUGAAGGACCUACAGGGCUCCCUCAUGGAGCUGGAGAGCUUCCUGAAGUGGCUGCAGGAGGCGGAGACCACGGCCAAUGUGCUGGCCGACGCGUCCCAGCGAGAGGACCUCUCACAGGACUCCGCCUCCAUCAAAGAGCUGAGAGGCCAGCUGGAGGACAUCCAGGCAGAGAUUGAUGCCCACAAUGACAUCUUCAAAAGUGUGGACGGCAACAGGUGCAAGAUGGUGAAGUCCCUGGGCAGCACAGAGGAGGCCAACUUCCUGCAGCAGCGGCUGGACGACAUGAACCAGCGGUGGGGUGACCUGAAGGCCAAGUCCGGCAACAUCCGAGCCCACCUGGAGGUCAGCGCGGAGCGGUGGAGUCGGCUGCUGGCCCUCUUGGAGGAACUGUGGAGGUGGCUAUGCCUGAAGGAGGAAGAUCUUACCAAGCAGAUGCCCAUUGCGGGAGACCUGCCCAGCCUGCUGCAGCAGCACAACCACUGCUUGCUCCUGCAGGACGAGCUGAAGGAUCGAGAGCCACUCGUGCUCAGCACUCUGGACCAGGCCCGUGCGUUCCUGGCCGACCAGCCCAUCGAAGGUCCAGAGGAACCAGGCAGGAACCUGCAAGCCAAGACAGAACUGAGUCCAGAGGAGCGGGCCCAGCGUGUGGCCAAAGCCAUCCGCAAGCAGACAGCCGAGGUGGCUGAGCGCUGGGAGCGGCUGUGUGGGCACGCCGGGGCCUGGCAGCAGCAGCUGGACCGGGCUUUAGGCCGCCUGCAGGACCUGCAGGGUGCCAUGGACCAGCUGGAGCUGAGGCUGGUGCCGGCGGAGGACGAGCGCACCACCUGGCAACCCGUGGGCGACCUGCUCAUCGACUCGCUGCAGGACCACAUCGAAAAGACCAUCGUCUUCAAGGAGGAGAUGGCACCUCUGAAGAGGGACGUGCGGGCCGUGAAUGAGCUCUCUGCCCAGCUGCAGCCCCUGGACGUCCAGCUGUCUUCCAGCACAACCCGGCAGCUGGACGACCUCAACAUGCGUUGGAAGCUCCUGGAGGCGGCCGUGGAGGAGCGCCUGAAGCAGCUGCAGGAGGCGCACCGGGACUUUGGACCCGCCUCCCAGCACUUCCUGUCCAAUGAGCUUGUUAGCAAGUUAGCAAGAGUGAUUCAUCUUCCCUUUUCAUGUCUUUUUUUCUUCAGCCACCAGACUCAGACGACUUGUUGGGAUCAUCCGAAGAUGACGGAGCUGUUUCACUCCCUGGGUGACCUAAACAACGUGCGCUUCUCCGCCUACCGGACCGCCAUGAAGAUUCGCCGGCUCCAGAAGGCCCUGUGCUUGGAUCUGCUGGAGCUGAGUGUGGCCCAGGAAGUGUUCGACCAGCACCAGCUGGCCCAGAACAACCAGCUCCUCAAUGUCCCCGACGUCAUCAACUGCUUGACUACUAUGUACGAUGGGCUGGAGCAGAAGCACAAGGACCUGGUCAACGUGCCUCUCUGCGUGGACAUGUGUCUGAACUGGCUGCUCAACGUCUACGACACUGGCCGGAGUGGGAAGAUUCGUGCGCUGUCCAUGAAGAUCGGGCUGCUUUCGCUCUGCAAGGGACACCUUGAAGAAAAAUACAAAUACCUCUUCUCCCAGGUGGCAUCCUCAGCAGGCACCUGUGACCAGCGCCAGCUGGGGCUCCUGCUCCAUGACGCCAUCCAGGUGCCACGGCAGCUGGGAGAGGUAGCGGCCUUCGGGGGGAGCAACAUCGAGCCCAGCGUCCGCAGCUGUUUCCAGCACGUCACCAGCAGGGCGGAGCUGGAGCCCCAGCAGUUCGCGGACUGGAUGCGCCUGGAGCCGCAGUCCAUGGUGUGGCUGCCCGUGCUGCACCGUGUGGCGGCGGCCGAAACGGCCAAGCACCAGGCCAAGUGCAACAUCUGCAAGGAGUGCCCCAUCGUAGGCUUCAGGUACCGCAGCCUGAAGCACUUCAACUACGACGUGUGUCAGAGCUGCUUCUUCUCCGGCCGCACGGCCAAGGGCCACAAGCUGAACUACCCCAUGGUGGAGUACUGCACCCCGACCACCUCUGGCGAGGACAUGCGCGACUUCACCAAGGUCCUGAAGAAUAAGUUCAGAUCGAAGAAAUACUUUGCCAAGCACCCCCGCCUGGGCUACCUGCCAGUCCAGUCAGUCCUGGAGGGCGACAACAUGGAGACGAUCUCAUCGUCACCGCACCACUCUCAUGACGACACUCAUUCCCGAAUAGAGCAGUAUGCCAGCAGGUUGGCCCAGAUGGAGAGGUCGAACGGAUCCUUACCCACAGACAGCAGCUCUGCGACAGGAAGCAUGGAUGACGAGCACGCCCUGAUCCUGCAGUACUGCCAGACGCUGGGUGGUGAGUCGCCGCUCAGCCAACCGCAGAGCCCUGCCCAGAUCCUGCAGGCGGUGGAGAGGGAGGAGCGCGGGGAGCUGGAGCGCAUCAUAGCCCGACUAGAGGAGGAGCAGAGGGCCCUGAAGUUGGAGUAUGAGCUGCUGAGAGAACAGCACAGUCAGAGGGCGCUCUCCGGACCGUGGGAGCCCAGGGCAGGGGCCCUCGGUGGCCCCGAGGAGGCUGAGCUGCUGGCUGAGGCCAAGUUGCUGCGACAGCACAAGGGCAGGCUGGAAGGGCGCAUGCAGAUCCUGGAGGAGCACAACAAGCAGCUGGAGUCACAGCUGCAUCGCCUACGGCAGCUGCUGCACCAGCCUGAAAGGGACCCCCGGGUCAAUGGUGUCACCCCUGCCUCCCUCCUUCAGCAAGACCUGCCCGUCAGUGUUGAGCAAGCAGGUGACGCUCUGGACCGGGAGCACGAGCCCGGCGCGGACCUCGCUGACGUCAUGGAGCAGAUAAAUAACUUCCCAGCAUGCAGUUCCUCCAGCCCGGUGCCUCGACCACAGGUGAAAUGAGGUGAGCCAGACCACGAGGGAGACCCCAGCAGGAUGUAAAACGCUGCUCUGUCGUCCGGCCGACCGAGACGGACCUCGAUAUGCAGGGAGAGGUUCACCCGAGACCCAAAGACUUUGACCCAGGACCACAGAACGUCACUAUGCUGUCGUCACGUACUAUGCAACUGUAAAUGUCACGGACUGUAGAUUGUACUCUGAGGUCGUUGAAUGUUUGUUAGCGAUUCGUGAGACGAUGCAGGAGAGUCGGGGGUGUGGGCCGGGGUGGGGGAGUUUUAUAUAAAUGUAUACAUUUUUUUUUUUUUUUUUAAACUUUGCAAUCCCUGCAAUUUAAAUGGUUUUGCUGUCACCCUGCAUUUUUCUACGUUAACGUUAUAGUAUCGCUUACGUCACUGCAAAUGCUUCCCGUGAAAGUCACACGGCGUCUCGCUCCCGAGUGUUCUGCCGUUUUUGUAGCACCUGCAGAUCAGUGCCCCCUUCGUGCCUACGGUUACACAGUCGUCAUUCCAUUCGAGGGCAGGCUCGCCGAAACCAGCCUCCAGAGGUGGAGACCUGGAAGACCACGCCGUGGUUUGGCUGUGUCCGGUUGGGACUUGGGGCGUGGUCUGGCGUCCCAACAGCAUUCCUAACCAGAAGAAAGCCAUCUUUUUCUUGCUACCUCAGUCACGGCCCUGUAGGAUAGAUCCGCCGAUUUUCACAGACGACACACCAAGUUUUUCCUGAGAUGGACCAGGAACUAGGAACAAAUCUUUGAAGAAUGCCUGAUGGGGGGGGGGGGGGGGUUGCCCGGAUUAGUACCACCAGUUUAUAAAUUGGUCUUCAUCCUGGGCUUUUUUUAUCUCCAUUCCAAAAUGUACGUGACGUGCUCUGUGCUACGCUACCUUGUAACUGUAAAGUCUGACACUACUCUGAGCUUCUCCGACUGUGUCCUUGGGUGAUAUAGCGAUCUGUACUUUGGAAGAACUGUCAUUCUGAGGUAUCUAGUCUAGACUGAUCACACUACAUCUCUAAUAUGGCUAAAUAUGUUUAUUCUAUUUUUUUAAACAUAUAUUUUUUUUCCCCUCGUGUUGGUUACUUUUAUUAUUGCGGUCUGUGUCGUUUGUGCUCUGGGAAGUCCGUUUUCUCCACCUGUGGCUCUUCUCUACCCCACUGUGCAUCUUGAGCGUAAUGCCAGCAUCUCAGCAGUGUGAGGCGGCAGCCCUGGGGCUUCUGGUAGAUCGAGCUCGCAUUCCGAAGGGCCUGUGCUAGUUGGUGUCUCGCAGCUACUCCCACAAAGAAUGUGACGGCUCUACGGUCCCACCAUAGGUCAUUCCGUUUGACCGCUCGACAUCUACCCAGCAAAAGGGGCCCUAGGCGACCACACAGCAGAUGAAUUCCGUGCUGUUGAACUGUUGCUUCCUUGACUGCUUUGCCAAAACCUCAAAGAGGUAACAGAGCCACAGUGUAACACCUAUGGGGAUGCAGGAGCAGUUCUUUUUUGCUUGGACUGUUACUCCUGCAGAGGAGCUCUACUGUGGGAGUAUCAAUACUCCUGUGGAAGAGCGGUAUUCUGGGAGUAUCAGUACUCCUGCGGCAGAGCUCUACUGUGGGAGUAUCGGUACUCCUGCAUAGGAACUCUCUCCCGUGGAGGUUCCAGUACUCCUGGAGAUGAGAUUUCCCAAAAGGUCCUAGUUCUCCUGGGGAUAAGCUCUUCUGCCGUCUGAUAACUUACCUCGUCAGAGCUGCAUGGCGGAGAGGACAGAAUGCCGAUCUGACUGUGCUGUAACAGGCUUCUUGACAGACUUGUGUACCAAAACCAGGGUUGCCCCUUGUCUGUGCAUGGAAAUAAUAGUAUAUUUUUACAUCACUGUAUGGAAUUCAAUAAAUUAAACCUUAAAUGUAAAAAUGA